AUGGCUGCCGCAUGCAUCUGCCAACCUAAUCUUCUUGAGAUCAAUGUAUCUGAUGGACCACUGGAUAUGAUCCGCAAGAAAAGAAAAAUACAACAGCCGCAACCAGGUCCAUUUCUUCGAGAAAAUAAACGCCAACCCCAAUUUUCUGUACGAAGGGUAAACCACUGUUACAUAAUAUCGCUUUAUAAAGAAAUCACAUGCCAACUCAUUACAGAAAUUAUUAAAAAGAAACUAUCGAGGAUUUGGGGAAUAGUAUACAUACCAUCUUAUGAACUGAUAUCAGAUAAUCACGGUAACCAGCAUUAUGUAGAACAAGGUGUCGACGAAGAUAGGCUAUCCUCUGAGAUUAUGGAAAAACUGAACCCCAACAAUAUUGAUUUAGAGGCGACUCAAAUAGUGUUUGACGACUAUCACUUAGAAUCAUCCCGCUUGACAAACGGUAUCAUCAUUUCAAGUUCAAGUGACCGUUUCCUCAAAGAAUUCUCUUUUAAUAAUACAAUCGACGGUAAAUUUAAAAUCCGUGGGACAAGCAUGUCCGCAGAUAGCUUUGGUAAGAUUUAUGGUGUCAUGUGGAUUGAAGUACCUUUCAAUGGCAACAGUUCACCGAAUGGUAGCAGCAUUAGCGGGUUUUCAACGUCCCAGAGUCAAGUAGAAUCAAACGACAUUGAGCAGGAAAUAAGAGCUUUUAAUAUUAGCCGAAGUAGUCAAGAAAGUAUUAUCAAAAAGGAAGUAUCCAAAAGAUUGAAGGGGCGAGGAGAAAUAUGCGACCAUGAAAAUUACAAUAAGGCUACGAAUUGA